AAAGUAGCUCGAUGGUGUAGUCAGCAUACUCAUAACUAAAUCCCAUUUACCUCGUGUUUCAAAGGAUCCCUAGGGUUUGCGGCAGCUCGGCUAAGCAGAGAAACGAAAGCAACGACACCUCCACUUCUUCGCUGCCACCAUGGGUCGUAUGCAUAGUCGUGGUAAGGGUAUCUCGGCCUCAGCUCUGCCCUACAAGAGAACUCCGCCGAGUUGGCUUAAGAUCUCUUUUCAAGAUGUUGAGGAGAACAUUUGCAAGUUUGCGAAGAAGGGUCUGACGCCGUCCCAGAUUGGUGUGAUUCUUCGUGACUCUCAUGGUAUCGCUCAGGUCAAGAGCGUUACUGGAAGCAAGAUCUUGCGUAUUCUCAAGGCUCAUGGUCUUGCACCUGAAAUUCCGGAGGAUCUGUAUCAUCUUAUCAAGAAGGCAGUGUCCAUCCGUAAGCAUCUGGAGAGAAACAGGAAGGAUAAGGAUUCAAAGUUCAGGUUGAUUCUUGUUGAGAGCAGGAUUCACAGGCUCGCUCGGUACUACAAAAAGACAAAGAAGCUUCCACCUGUAUGGAAAUAUGAGUCCACCACUGCUAGCACUCUUGUUGCCUAAGUAUAGCAUGGAGCUCAGCAAACUUUUAGGCAUGGUUGAGAGGUACGGGUAUUCUGUAGGAGGGAAGUCUUCCGGCAGAUGUCUGGCUUUGAGACUGUCGAAUUCAUAACUAUGGGAAGAUUUUGUUAUGCUUAUUUUAAUUGAGGAGAUUAGACGGAGCCAUGAAAUUUGUUUUGUAUUUCCGGUUCCAUUAUAUUUUUUGAGGACUAGUAAUUAUCUUAUUUGAA